AUGGCGAUGGUCGACCGGCUCGAGGACGACGACGUGGCAUGGCGCCGGCAUGCACUGAUGGAAAUCGAUCCUUGCGAGGCUGAGCCACAGUCCUUGACCAAGAUGGAUCGACCCGACGAGAUUACCGCAGUCAGUGCAUCUGGCGUGGACGAGGUAGACAGGGACGAGAAAUGUGAAACGGAGCUUCAGUUUGACUCCGCCUCCGAUGAGCUCGUGCAGACCGACUCGAGCCCUCUUGCAAAGGUUGAGCAGGACGUGCACCGAGAAAGAGAGCAGUCGGAAGCAACCCGAGCCGAGUCGCCGGAGUCGUUGAAUGUUGAGUCCACGGAUGAUUCUGUCCACGCGACGAACGACGGCCCAACGCAUGACCCUCAUCAUGAGAAUGCCACGCACCAGGCCAAAGAGGAGGUGGAUCAGCAGCCAGACUUCACGGAGCAAGCUGCAGAGGUCAUUCAGCCGAGUCGAAAGGAGCACAUCGAGGCAACAAAGGCUGAAGUUCCGGGUCGACCUGACGUGCAGAAGGAGGAGCCAAGGGAGCCGGCCGAGAAACCGAUUCACAAGAUGCGCCGCUUCAUGCAGGUGUCUCGCGUCCCACGCUCCGAACGCUCCGAACGCUCCAACGAGGAGCCAAAGGAUCUACCGCGCAGCGCCAAGAGCGCGAAGAGCGCGAAGAGUGUCAAGAGCGCCAAGAGCGCGACGAGCGCGACGAGCGCGACGAGCGCGACUGUGAAGAGUGACAGCAACGAGUGCACCACGAAGGAGUCGGCACCCACAAUGGUCAUGGACAUACAGCAGGAAGCGCAUGCAGGGCACGCGGACGAGGCCACCACUAGUCCUGGUGCCCACCAGGAGACGGAGGUGGUGGAGGAGGGCCAAGGCCUACAAGCCAGCGCAGGUGCUGAUGUCCCGCAGGUUGCUGAGGACUCUGAGGCUGUGGUGGGACGAUCGCAAGGUGAGGAGGCGGAGGAGCAGUCAGUGGAUCCGAGUCCCAUCCAGGAGCCUCCAAGCAAGGAAGUGGAAGGCGACGAGCCCACAGGCGACGAGCCCACAGGCGACGAGCCCACAGGCGACGAGCCCACAGGCGACGAGCCCACAGGAGGCGAGCCCACAGGCGGCGAGGUUACAGGCAGCGAGCCCACAGGCGGCGAGCCCACAGGUAGCGAGCCCACAGGCGGUGAGCCCACAGGUGGCGAGCCCAUAGGCAGCGAGCUCGCAGGCAGCAAGCCCACAUUCGUCGAGCUUACAGGCUUCGAGCUCACAGGUGGCGAGCUCACAUGCAGCGAGCCCACAGGCGUCGAGCCUACUGGCGGAGAGUUCGCAGGCGAGCCUGCAGGCGGCGAGCUCGCAGGCGGCGAGCCCGCAUGCGGCGAUCCCACAGGCAGCGAGCCCACCGGCGGCGAUCCCACAGGCGAGCUGCCUGAGCAGGAGCAGCCCACGAAGGUUCUGGCCUCGUUGCUGCACCUCACGUGCCUGGCACUUGCUUCUGAGCUUCGUGACCAGAUUGACCAGCCCAGGUUAACGCCGUAA